GCCAUUCUCAAGUUCGAGGUAUUCUUCAUCUUCUCCGACAUUUACAGCGCGUCCUAAGGCUGGGUUAGGUGUGUAAAAUAAGAGAUUAUUGCUCACGUUCAAUGUCUGCGGUAUCUCCGAACUCGUUAACACUAUAACGUAUUAAAGGAUGAUAUUAAACCUUAUCGCAUCUUACAUUACAGCUAUCUUGUGUCCAUGUCGUUCUGUGAGAAUGUGGGAAAUGAGUGUGCUUUUCCCAGCUCCAAGAUAUCCGGUGAGGAUAGUGAGAGGUACUUUCUUAUCAUCUGGGAUGUCUACUGUUUCAUUACUGUCUAUCAAAGUUGGUAUUUCAUCAUCAAAAUCAGUCAUCAUGAGCGUUCUUGACUGACGGCCAGGAGCGCAAUAUGGAAAUAGACAAUGAGGAAGUCAACCAUACGAGGGUUUUACUAGAGAACUCAGAUGGCUUUGACGGUGGUUCAGAUUGGCGAUAUGAAAUGCGUAGAGAAUGUCAGGAAAUAAUACCAAAUUUGGUAUUAGGUCCGUAUCAAUGUAGUAAAGACACCGCAUUCCUCACCUCUGCGGGUAUCACCCACAUUGUUGUCAUACGCGGUGAAGCUGAGGCAGUAUUCGUGCGUCCGCGGUAUCCAGAUCAGUUCAGCUAUUUGGUAUUGGAUGUACGCGAUUCUGAAGAGCAGAAUCUUAUCAGAAUAUAUCCAGAAGCUCGUGAAUAUAUCUCGAAUGCUUUACAGAAUGGUGGAAAGGUUCUUAUUGUUUGUAAUGGUGGUAUUAGUAGAGGCCCUGCUAUCACUAUCAUGUACGUAAUGGAAGCUGCUCAAGUAUCUUUCGAAGAUGCAACAAAUUACGUCCAAAACAAGAGAUAUUGUAUUUCUCCUAAUUUAGGUUUCCAAUGUCAACUCAAAGAAUUUGAAGCAAUCUACCGGGCAUCUCUCGCAAUAGCAAACCAGCCGACACUCACCCGUGACUCAAAAAGGAGACUAGAAGAUGACGACAGCAUCGAGGCAGAUAUUGACGCACGACCAAGUCGUAAUCAACGAGUUUAAAACGCUAUACUUAUUUAAGCAAUUGUAUUAUUGAUGUAUAUUAAAGAUUUACAACCAGUCGAGGAACUCUGGUGUAAAAUAGCUUAAGAAUAUGUUUGCACCUGCGCGUAAGAAGCUCUCAUGCGUUUCAAAGGCAAUAGACUUCAGGUCGUAUAUACCAGCUUUGGCACCUGCGUGCAACAUGGCAAAUUCACCAGAGACAACGUAACAGGCUACUGGAUAAUCAGAAGCGAUUUGUGCGGUAUCUGAGAUGACGUCGAGGUAUGGCAAUGAUGGUUUGAC